AUGAUAAUAUGUGCGUCCAAAACAAAAUGUAUGACCACAUCCAAAACUCCGAUAAGAUGUAAGCUAGUCAGAGACGACCAGAUAAUUCACCAAGUGAUGAAAUUCAAGUACCUAGGAAUCGAGAUUUCAGGAUUUGGAGGCGCAGAAAACGAAGUAAGAGAGCAAACAACUAAAGCCUUAAGAAUAGAAACAUGUUUCAACGAAACCAUAUGGCGAAAUAUCGGAACAGAAGCCAAAUCGAGAAUAUACAAGGCCACGGUGAGACCCAUAAUGACCUACACCGCAGAGACACGACCAGAUACGUCGAAAACCAAAAGAAUGAUGAAAACAGCAGAUAUGAAAGUGCUACGCAGUAUAGCCGGAAAAACCCUACUGAACAAGGAAAGAAGUAAAGAAGUGAGAACAUUAGAAGAUUGUGCAGAAUAG